CCAAAGAGUUUUUGGAAAUGUUCAUCUUUCCAGUUCUGCUGCCUGGAAUGGCUAGCCUGCUUCACCAAGCAAAGAAAGAAAAAUGUUUUGAGAGGAAAAGAACCAAAUUCAUUGCCUGUGAUUUUCUGACUGAAUGGUUAUACAAUCAAAAUCCAAAGAGGACAGGGGAGCCGUUCACAGAAUUCUUCUCCAUUCCAUUUGUGGAAGAGUGGCUGAAACUGCACCCACGGCCGGCAAUCCCACUCUCCCUCCUACUGACAGAAUCGGAAGCGGCACUCUGCAUUCAGUCCUUCUGGAGAGCCUAUCUGGUUCGCUGUGAUCCUGAGAUUCAAGAAUUGCGUCAGUGGCAGAAGAAGCUGCGUGAGGACAAGCACAUUCGCCAGCGAGUCAAAACCUUCUGGGCCAAACAAGAACAAAAAGUUAAAUGCAAAAUGGAGGACGAGGAAGAGGCUGCAGCUAAGACUCCACAACCGUAACAGCUGUCAGGCAUCUCUCCCACUCUAAGCUCCAAUCACCCGACUGGAGGACAGUGUUCUAGCUAUGCUUCCUCUAUUGUGUUUUCUUGAAGGACUAGAUCUGGUACAUUAGGAUAAGGAUCUUUUUGUUGCAAAUAUAUUGUAGUGCAAAUAGUUUAUCAAGUAGUUUUAACUUUCUGCAUUAUCCCCCAAUUUUAUUCUUUCAUCUGUCUAUUUCUUCAGCGCUCCAGGAAUAUACUUCUACAUCCCCCACUGCUAAAAUGUACAACGAACUCUAGUUCCAAGGGAUGUUGAAAUGUUCUAGUUACCAGCUUCCCACUUUUGGUUGCCUUUGCCAAGAUCCAUGUUUAAAAUAAAGUCCCAGACCUCUGCAGUGGGUUUAAGUAUAUCGGCUGAGCAUGAUAUAAAAAAAAAAAAGACAUCAUUGCCUGUGAUCCUUUCACAAGGAGGUUGACCCUGAACUUUGACCGCAAACCUAGCAAGAUGCUUAAACACAGGCAACUAUAACAGAUAAAUAAGUUUUGUGGUCUACGCCCUAAAACAUUAUAGAAAGUUCCUCAUUUCAUGGGUAAACUGAUGUAUUAUCUUCAAUUGUUCCACAGUUUGCUGUUACCCAUUUUUGAAUGGAUUUUCCCAUUCAAAAUGCCACAGCAUUAGCCUCCAGGCAAAUCUGAAAGCCAAACAGUUGUAUGGGGUUGUUUUGACAAGCUACCACACGUCUUAAGUAAAUAGUAAAGCCUUUAUUUUUUGUGUUAAGAACAGUAUUUUGAAAAUAAAACCUAUCUGCCCAUGCUUUACAACCUUU